AUACAGACCAUGCCUAGCAGAAUGGGCUCAAAAAUUGAUUUGAACAAGGACUUCAUCAGAGUAAAAACACACUAUAGUGGGGACAUCCUGAUAACAAACUUGGACGCAUCAAUGAGCUAUGAUGAACUGUGUGACGAAGUACAUGAGAUGUGUAAUUUACAACAGGAACAGCCAAUUACCCUCAAGUGGAUUGAUGAUGAAGGUGACCCAUGUACCAUCUCAUCUCAGAUGGAACUGGAAGAAGCCUUCCGUUUGUAUUGUCAAAACAGAGAUGAAGGGCUGAUAAUUCAUGUUUUCCCAAGUAUUCCAGAGAAACCCGGCAUGCCUUGUCCAGGAGAAGAUAAAUCAAUCUACCGCCGUGGAGCCAGAAGAUGGAGGAAGCUGUACCGAGUGAAUGGGCAUUUGUUUCAAGCCAAACGUUUUAACAGAAGAGCGUAUUGUGGCCAGUGCAGUGAAAGGAUAUGGGGGCUCGGAAGGCAAGGCUACAAGUGUAUCAACUGCAAGUUGUUGGUCCAUAAACGUUGUCAUAUACUUGUUCCACUGACCUGCAAAAGGCAUAUGGAUUCGGUCAUGCCUUCCCAGGAACCUCAGUUAGAUGAUAAAAAUGAUGAAGUUGACCUCCCUUCAGAAGAAACUGAUGGAAUUCCCUACAUUCCUUCAAACCGGAAACAUGACACCAUUAAAGAUGACUCUGAGGAUAUCAAACCAGUCAUUGAUGGAAUGGAUGGAAUUAAGAUUUCUCAGGGGCUUGGACUACAGGACUUUGAUUUAAUCAGAGUUAUCGGACGUGGAAGUUAUGCCAAAGUUCUUUUAGUUCGGUUAAAAAAGAAUGAUCAAAUUUAUGCUAUGAAGGUAGUGAAAAAAGAAUUGGUCCAUGACGAUGAGGAUAUUGAUUGGGUACAGACAGAGAAACAUGUGUUUGAACAGGCAUCCAGUAACCCAUUCCUAGUUGGUUUACAUUCAUGCUUUCAAACAACAAGUCGAUUGUUUCUUGUCAUAGAGUAUGUAAAUGGGGGAGAUCUUAUGUUUCAUAUGCAACGGCAAAGAAAACUUCCUGAAGAACAUGCAAGGUUUUAUGCUGCUGAAAUUUGUAUUGCUCUAAACUUCCUACAUGAAAGAGGCAUAAUCUACAGAGAUUUAAAACUAGACAAUGUUCUUUUAGAUGCAGAGGGUCAUAUCAAAUUAACAGAUUAUGGCAUGUGCAAGGAAGGUUUGGGCCCUGGUGACACUACAAGCACUUUCUGUGGGACACCAAAUUAUAUCGCACCGGAGAUCCUCAGAGGAGAAGAGUAUGGGUUCAGCGUGGACUGGUGGGCUCUCGGUGUGUUGAUGUUUGAAAUGAUGGCGGGAAGGUCUCCCUUUGAUAUUAUUACUGACAAUCCAGACAUGAACACUGAAGAUUACCUCUUCCAAGUUAUUCUUGAGAAGCCAAUCCGGAUUCCAAGGUUUCUUUCUGUCAAGGCUUCCCAUGUGUUAAAAGGAUUUUUAAACAAGGAUCCCAAAGAAAGGCUUGGUUGUCAGCCCCAGACAGGAUUUUCUGAUAUCAAGUCUCAUACUUUUUUCCGCAGCAUAGACUGGGAUCUGCUGGAGAAGAAGCAAGCAACCCCUCCGUUUCAGCCUCAGAUCACAGACGAUUACGGUUUGGAUAACUUUGAUACACAGUUCACCAGCGAACCUGUGCAGCUAACCCCGGACGAUGAAGAUAUAAUAAAGCGAAUAGAUCAGUCAGAAUUUGAAGGAUUUGAGUAUAUUAAUCCAUUGUUGCUGUCAACAGAAGAAACAGUAUGAAGGAAUGACAUCUUCGUUGUGGACAGUGUGAAUGACCUUUAACUUUAUCCUUAACUACAGUAUAUGCAUGCGAGGCUGGGGAACUGUAAGAUUUUGGACGGAGACCAAUGAUUUUAAAAAAUAAUAAAAAAAAAAAUUGCUGCUGAAAAUCAAAGAAGAUAAAUAAUGAUUUUGGUGGGUGUCUUCUGCCACUUAGUGAUUCUUAAGUUCUGGGCACUGACACAACUGGCUUCAGUAAUGAAGGAAUUUGCAUUUUGUGCCUGUUUCAUGAAGGAUUGAAAUGUUCAUUGCAUCCCUGGACAAGGAGAUUCUGAAGAACUUUGAGACCUACACGCUUCCUACAAACAUUUGAUGCAAUGAGCUACCAAUUGAAGAAUAUUACAGUGUAACAUCCUGAAGAAUAAAAUAUAUUACGGUGGUGUUGAAGCUUA